GGGUUUUUCCGAGUCCGGAGCGAUUUUUUUCAUCCCGCAAGUACGCAACUGUACAAGUUAUUAGCGAAUAAGCUAGCUGUUACCUCACACUCAGUGGCGAGGCCACCAAUUUCCAUCGCUACGGGCCGCUGCAGUAUCACCCAAGACCAUCCCAUCGGCCACUCUUUGCUGUGCCGUCGCUUCGUAGUCUAUUACUGAUUGCAGUGCAUACGGACAACCUUAUGAUGCUCCAGCUCCUGCCACUCGUAGCGCUGCUGCGCACCGCAACCGCAGCCGUGCCCGCCGACGAGGUCGACGGGCCGUCGCUCCCAGGCUACAAGCGCGCGUUCCCACAAGACACGCGCCACUACUCGGGCUACAUCCGCACCUAUUAUCCGGGCCGCAGCGUGAAGGUCUACACGCAUUAUCACUUAGCGCUUCACGAGGAUCCCACAGCUCCUGUCCUGCAAUGGCAGCAGGGUGGUCCCGGUGGGAGCUCGCUCCUCGGCCUUUUCACGGAGAAUGGACCACUCACGCUCAACGACGCCAGCUGGAAAAACGACGGGCUAGAGGUCUUCGACAACCCUCACACGUGGCAAAACGCGGCCGGCGGCGUCAGCCUGCUGUACCUCGAGCACCCGGCACCCACAGGGUUCAGCUACUGCGAGCCGGCUUGUGUUCACGACGACGACAGCCAGGCAGACCUACACCUCGCGAUUCUAGACGAGUUCUUCGGAAAGAUGUAUCCGGAAUUGCGCAGGAAUCGCUACAUCAUCUCAGGAGAGUCCUACGCAGGAGUUUUGGUGCCGACGCUGGCGGAGCGGAUCCUGAAGCGCCGAAGCCCUGGCGCUAAUGUCGCGCCGGACAGCCUCGAGGGCUUCGCCCUGGGCAACGACUGCCCGGGCAACAAGGUGUUCACGUGCACGCCUUACAGCGGCUGGGCCGGCACGAAGGUCUCGCUAGACUUCCUCUACGGACACGGCAUGGUUCCAGACAUAGUGAAAGAAAGGGUCGACAAAGUAUGCGCCGAUUGGUACGUCUCCGAGCCGCCCGGGCCCCAGACGCCGCCGCCGACGCAAUGCGCAGAUGCGCUCGAGGACCCGAUUCGGCCCCUGAAGUCCACCGCCGGAGACACGUACGACAUGGGCGGCGGGUAUUUCCUAUACGACACGUGCGGAGCCGACCUGCUGGCGCUGAGCGCCGACGGCGCGGCGCGACACCUGCCCACUACGCAGCGGCGUUCGAGCGCGUCGACGCGGGGGCGAGCUCCCACGCGGCCUACUAACGAACGCAUCGCGAACGCCUAUGCGUUGGAUAGCGGCGAGUACGCCUGUGGCCAGGAGAACGCGGCGACGGCGUGGCUCCGGCGCGCGGACGUGCAGGACGCCCUCCACGUGCGAAGCACUCCUGACUUUUCGCUGUCGACGAGUCUCGAGUACAACUUCACCGCGGCGAGUCUGCUCGAGGCUUACAAGGAGCGCCUCGCGCCGAAUUUCCGGAUUUUACAGUACUCUGGUGAUGCCGACCCGUGCGUUCCGAUGCCCGGCACUCAAAAGUGGAUCCGGUCCCUGGCUCUGCCGGAGAAGCAGCCGUGGCACCCCUGGACGGCCCCCGGCACCGCUGCGAUCACGGGCUACGCGACGGUUUACGCGCCGGACUUUACCUUCGCAUCGAUCCGGGACGCCGGCCACAUGUCGCCGCGCUACAAGCCCCGCGAGCUGUUCUACAUGAUCGACGCGUGGCUCAGAAAGGAGCCCCUGUGAUGGUCGUCGUGGUGCUCGGUGACUGCUCUGUGUAAGUGAAAUGUCCAAG